AGUAACAAGUUUUAAUCUCGCUCCUCAGUACUAACAGGGGCUAAUCUGGAAGCAGCUGCUUGUGUCACCCAGGGUGCAGCCACCCCAGGCUCUGCUGGAAGGGUUUGCUUUCAAAUCCAAAAUCUUAUCAAUUUUUCUUCUUCUGUGCUUACUACCUGAGAACAUAGUCAUUACAGAUAAGUUGUAGAUGGUGAAAACUCCUACUUGCAAAAGGACUUACUCUCUUCUGACAAGGUAGCAGGAGAAACCUGUAUAUUCGUCCUGUGCUUUUUCCUUUCUUGUUUGUUUUCCUAGACAGGUGUUGGACGCAAGACAGCAUGAAGGGAUCUGUGCUCCUACUGUUCCUGGCUUUGUGUGCCGCCAAACCCUCCUUUCGUCCUUCGUACAUGACACUCAAGAACAUGAUGUUGAAGGACAUGGAAGAUGCAGAUGAUGAUGAUGGUGAUGAUGAUGACACUGAUUCUGAAAACUCUCUUUUUCCAACGAGAGAGCCAGUGAACCCCUUUUUCCCAUUCGACCUGUUUCCAACAUGUCCAUUUGGAUGUCAGUGCUACUCAAGAGUUGUACACUGUUCUGACCUAGGUUUGUCCUCCAUCCCCAGCAACAUUCCCAUGGACACUCGAAUGAUUGACCUUCAAAACAAUAAGAUUAAGGAGAUUAAAGAAAAGGAUUUUAAAGGACUCACUUCACUUUAUGCCUUGAUUCUGAACAACAACAAGCUAACAAAGAUUCACCCCAAAGCCUUUAUAACCACAAAAAAGCUACGAAGACUAUACUUGUCUCACAAUCAACUAAGUGAAAUACCACUUAAUCUUCCCAAAUCCUUAGCUGAACUCAGAAUUCAUGAUAAUAAAGUCAAGAAAAUACAGAAGGACACAUUCAAGGGAAUGAAUGCAUUACAUGUUCUAGAAAUGAGUGCAAAUCCUCUUGAUAACAAUGGGAUUGAACCAGGAGCCUUUGAAGGGGUGACAGUGUUUCAUAUCAGAAUUGCAGAAGCAAAACUGACCACAAUCCCUAAAGAUCUACCAUCAACUUUAUUGGAGCUCCAUUUAGAUUAUAACAAAAUUUCGACGGUGGAACUUGAAGAUUUUAAAAGAUACAAAGAUCUUCAAAGGCUGGGCCUAGGAAACAACAGAAUCACAGACAUUGAAAAUGGGAGCCUGGCUAACAUACCACGUGUAAGAGAGAUACAUUUGGAAAACAAUAAACUGAAAAAAAUCCCUUCAGGAUUACAGGAGUUGAAAUACCUCCAGAUAAUUUUCCUUCAUUCCAAUUCAAUUGCCAAAGUGGGAGUGAAUGACUUCUGCCCAACGGUGCCAAAGAUGAAGAAAGCAUUAUACAGUGCAAUCAGUUUAUUCAACAACCCGAUGAAGUACUGGGAAGUACAGCCUGCAACAUUUCGCUGUGUUUUGAGCAGGAUGAGUGUGCAGCUUGGGAACUUCAGAAAUUAAUUAAUGAGUAAUAUCCAUUUAAUAUUCAACUAAAAAUUGUUACAUUUGGAAUACUUGAACUCUAUUCAAAAUGGUGGUAGGACACAUAUACGGAAAAAAAAAUCUACUUCCACACAAGUCCAUUUAUGGACUGACUUAGUGACAAAAAAUUUCAAAAGAAUUUUGCAAAAACUAUUGACAUACCAGGAUUAAUUAAUUAAUUACAAUGCCCUUUGCAUACAAAUGAUUUUACAUAAACCUCAUGCUUGAAUAUUCUUUCUCAGUAAUCAGAUUAAGACAUUCAGUGUUUAACUUAAGUUUGUCAUCAAGUGCAUUUUAAAAAGAGCUGUACUGUAAAUGGAAUGCUUGACCUGAUAAAGCUGUGCUCUUGCAUUUGCUGUGGGAAAACAGAGAUUGAUGAGUUUAUCUGAAGAAUGCAUUGCACUAUUCUUGUUCUUUCACUAAUAGCUCGGGGGUUACUGCAAUAGUUCUCAUGUUGAAGAAUGGUUUGACAUUUUAAUCACAUUCUCAUGUCUUACAGCCUUCCUGUCUAAAACGAAUCCCUACUAGCGGCUUCAGCAAAUGUUCAUUAUGAACUCAACAGAGUAGUUGGUUCUCAGGCGAUCGCAUCUGCUUUUCUUUCCUAACUAUUAUUACUACCUGAUCAUAAAACCUCUACAAAAUGUGUAGUGAUGGUUGAUAUAAAAUAUGUUACUCACAUUUUUAUUAUCACAGUUAUGAUAAGCUUUUCAGAGUAUGUUGAUUGUCAGGUUAUAUAACAUUGUUGCCUCAAUGCUAAGGAAACACGUCAAGAUGUUCCUUUGGAUGACUGGUUGGAAGAGCCUCGACAGUGUCCAUUCUACACCAAAUUGUCUCCUAAGAUAUGCACAGACUGGAAAACUCAGAAAAAGAUCCACUGUGAUUUAAAGGGCAGGGUAUUAAGUAAAGCAUACAGAAACUAAAAGCUCUGUAUCAAACGU